CUGUGGGCUUGCGCACUCUGAUGACCUUAAGUGUACUACUAAUAAGGUUUAAAGGAAAGAGAUGCUUUCUGAAGACUACAGAAUAAACUUUCAUUUGUUUGACCGCGACGAGUUAAAUAUUUUUAGAAGAACAAUUCUUACUUGGUAUGACGAUAAUCGGAGACAACUUCCUUGGAGGCGGCCCUUAGUUUCAACUUCAUCUGUAAAUAGUUAUCAGGACAAAUCUAUAGUUGAACCUAUCAAAACUAAAAAUUCUGUUGAACACGCCUAUGCAGUAUGGAUUUCUGAAGUAAUGUGUCAACAGACUCAAGUUGCCACUGUCAUUAACUAUUACACUCGUUGGAUUGAGAAAUUUCCAACUUUAGAAGCUCUAGCUGUUUCCAGCGUCGAGGAUGUCAAUAAAGUGUGGUCGGGUCUUGGAUAUUAUGCUCGCGCUCGACGUCUUAGAGAGGCCGCGAUAAAGAUAAUGAAAGACUUCGAUGGCAAACUCCCCGAGUCGUCAGAAGAGUUAAGGACACUUCCCGGAAUCGGUUUGUACACCGCAAAUGCUAUUGCAUCCAUCGCCUUUAAUAAGUCGGUGGGAGUAGUCGACGGAAAUGUCAUGCGCGUGUUAGCGAGAAUGCGAUUGAUUGGCGCUGAUAUAAAAGUUCAAGCAGUGAUCUCUCUAUUUUGGCGACUUGCCAAUGAAGCUGUGGAUCCUGACCGACCAGGCGACUUCAAUCAAGCUCUAAUGGAGUUGGGCGCUGUGCUAUGCACUCCUCAAAACCCUAACUGUGCUGCCUGUCCAGUUCAACUACUCUGCAAAGCUAGAAAAACGGUAGAGUUUAAUCUAAAAAAUAAAGGAAAUAAGCCACCUCACGGGGGAGGGGAGUGCCUAUAUUGCGGAGAUAUGAAAAUGCCGUGUCAUGACGUUUCGGCGUUUCCCUUCAAGUCAAGGAAAAAAGCUCUCCGGGAAGAGUCGUUUGUCGUUUGCGUGAUAUCUGUGCGUAGUGGAGAGCAACCCGACAAAACUUAUCUGAUUAGGAGGCGCCCUGCUAAAGGAUUGCUAGCAGGACUUUGGGAGUUUCCUUCAGUGCAAGUAAAUAGCAAAGCUUGCCAAAGUCGUUCAGCAAGAAGGCGCCUCCUAGCCGAAUUUCUGAAGGGGGCCAAUAAGGAAGUAUAUGACAUUCUCCAGAAAAAAAGUUUUCAGAAGAGCAAAGGCUAUAUUGAGCAUCUCUUUUCUCACAUCCGAGCAACUUACUUUGUGGAAUACUGCGAAUGUCAAGGCGUUACGAGUUUGACCAUAGAUUGCUGGAAGUGGGUGACGGAGAGCGGCUUAAAAAUUGAGGCUCUUUCUACAGCAAUGCGCAAAGUUUUCACAAAAGCGACUGAAGACGAUCAAAAGUACAAGCAAACGCUUUUGGAGUUUUAAACCAUUUUAUUGGUUAAUAUUCGACUUCUGAGCUGUCGCUUUCAAUGGCACUGACAUCAGAACUCUGGGAACUUUCUGUUUCUUCCAUAUCGUAACUCGAAGCCUCCACAACCUUUUUUUCACAAGUUGUUAUCUACAUUAUAGAGGACUUGCAGUCAACUUGUGUGCUUUAACAAUUAAUAAUAA